GGAGCGGGUGGCUCUUUUGGGGACAGAGAAAUAUGACUGAGUCUGGUGGCUUUCAUGGUGACAUCUGGAGAAGUGAUUUGGACGGGAGAAAUUUGAUGAAUAUCGCUGAGGGAGUUGGAGUCGUUUCUGGGAUGGCUAUUGAUCACGAACGCUGUAUGUUGUAUUGGAUUGACACUUCUCUUCAGGUGAUCGAACGAACGAAGCUUGAUGGCUCUGGUCGAGAGGUCUUCCUCAGGCAACAAUUCCAACAGCCUGUGACUAUUAGCAUUUACGGAGACUCGUUUUACUGGGUGAUGGGGUCUUCCGGAAUCCUCCAAAAGUGUUCAGUCAUAGGACAAGGACCGUGUAUGCCUGUUCUGAUGAAGAAUCAUUUGGGACAGGGAUUGUUUGCUAUUCCUCGAGGUUCCAAGGAACCCAUUGACGAUGGUACCGCAGCUCCCGUCACUGACAGGUUUUGGCGCACAGUAGAUGGUAUCACCACGCUAGCCCUUGCGGAUGAUGAGUCCACUGAUAACCCCAAUGAUGCAGCUCUCACGGCAGGCCCAUUGGAUGAGCAACCAUGAUGGGUCAUUCGAUCGGGGGUUGAUCAAUAUUGAUUUCUCCGAAGUCUAAGUUUCUGUUUUCAUUGAACGAGUGCGGAAUGUGCAAUAAAUUACGAAUUACCCACACUGGUGGGAAACAAAAGGUGCCGAUCAUGUCGCGGCGAUCGUCAGAUAGUACUUUUAUCACCUGGUGACAUAAUAUAUCGUAUCGGUUCUUCGAUCUAUUUAGAUUAAGGACACGUCUGUCAUGUGAAGAUCAUUAUAAACUCAUCAUUCUCAUUUAAUUGAUAAGUACUACAUCGCAUAGACACAUAGAUUGUGUUAUUAGCCGACCAAUCUAUUAAUUUCGGGCGUCUUCUUUACUCCAGUGACCUUUUUGUCACGUUAUUCUCCGCACGGGGAAUAAUUGCGUUAAUUUCCACAAAGAGAUAAAUAUUGAGAAACAAUUACCGGGUGUUCU